AUGAGCAAGACUCCCAGCUCAGACCGUGCCCUUUGCCUACCGGAACUACUGGCCCAGAUAGCAGCCCACCUCACACCACCUGACCUCUCCGCCUGCUCACAAGUCUCGCGCUUCUGGAACGAUAACUUCACCCCUCCACUCUGGCACACCAUCAACGACCGCGACUACAAUUGGCCCAAACUUGUGGGCUCUGAUAGCAAGUACGUCAAAGAGACUGGAUCCUGGAUUCCAAUCUCCACUGGAUACGAGGACAUGGCCCGGGAGAUGUUUUUGAAGCAUGGGCAUCAUAUCCGACACCUCUCUGCCUCAAACUGGACGGUUCUCCGAGCGCUCGCUGAAAGCGGAGAUAGUCUGCAGCUCAGGACGCUCUGGUUUCGUCUGCCCUUUAGUCGCACUACCACUACGGCGAAUCGGCCCGCUCAGCUCCCGGAGGACAUGGAUGAGAAGGACAAGGAGGUACUAGAGGGAAUCCUGCAGCCGGACGUUAUGAUCACGCAAGAAUUUGACGCGGACACCUGGCGGUUGACGUGGCAGUUGUGGUUGUUGAUUCUUCGGACUCCUGCUUUAUGCAACCUAAAGAUGUCAAAGUAUCGGAUGUUCGCCCAGGUGCUCUCGUCGGCGUUUCUUCGGAGGGCGUUGUCGGUACAUCACAGGACUCUUACUACCUUGCAGAUCAGUCACAGGCAACUGGGUUUGGUCGACUGCUUGGAGGUCCUGCCAAACCUCCGGCAUUUUUACACGGCAUACAACCCGAUGAAAGUCAGACUCCUGCACAAGACGUACACUCAGCUUCGGAGUCUUUUCAUUCACGCGCCCGUGUCAGAGCCGGCAUUUUUCAAUCUCCUCAGGCACCUUCCUGGCCUGGAAAUCUUUUCUGUCUCGAAAUUGUUGGAUGUCUUGGAUGAGGGUGGGGACGACGAUUCUGACUGGGGCGAUGACGACGAUUCUGACUGGGGCGAUGACGACUCGGAAGCUGACUACAACGAUGAGGCAUGGGAUACUGACGUUGAGGUGAGCUCUCUCCUAGACGGCGUACCAAGUCAUCUUCCGAAGCUUUAUAUCUUGACACGGUAUAGAGAAAUCGACCUCAAGAUGCUCCAUAUCGUCUCUCGUAUCCUUCCCUGUCUACCUUUCCUGACCGAGCUGUCCAUCGACGCAGAAUAUCCUUAUCUGGGUCCGCUUUUGGCGAAACAAUGCCCACAGCUGGAGGCGUUUAGGAGCCCCGCAAGCAUUUCUUUCAUCCAGCAAGAACAGGAAUGCAGCAGGAUUGCUGUAAACGGGUUGAAUGCCAUUCUGGAGAGCUGUCGACACCUCAGAGUCUUUGAGGCGAUUGCGAGUCGGAUCGAGGCGGAUCAUUUGUUGGAGCGGCCUUGGGUUUGCGAGGAUUUGGAGGUCUUUCGCUGUCAGAUUAUUGGGUUCUCUCGACUCGACAGUGACGAAAAGUUGGUCUACAACGAGUCAGUCCAAGUCUUGGAAACCACAAAGCGCGAGUUGAUUUCAAAGGAGCAGCAAAGGAUAAUCGACAAACACCAACGACAUCAGGAGCAACACCGUAGAGUCUACAAACGCCUCGCCAGCCUGACCAAACUGACGACACUGGGACUUGGACACGACAUAAUCCCUCCUUCACAAAGAAACAGGCGCAACAUCAAGUACAGGCGGUACUCGCACGACACCUGCAAGUACAUUGUAGAACCCAACCCCAUAAUGGAAGCCAUUGAACGCUCCCUCCCCUCAGGUCUGGCUCGUCUCGGCACUCUAAAAAACCUACGCGUGUUUGAAUUCGGCGCUCCCAACCAUGAGAUCAACGAACCAGAAUUAGAAUGGAUGGCCAAGGCGUGGCCGUGCCUGUCGGGCAUGUUUGGUCUGCACUACGUCUCCACUGUUGCACCCUUUGAAAAUUCGCCGACUUGGAAGCUGAGGAAGAGGAUGGAGACGCUGCGACCGGAUGUGUGGCAUGAUAGGACCGUUUUUGAGGAUGGGUACUCUGGGUGUCUUGGACUCUUCCCCUUCGGUGAUUCUUAA